AUGCUCCCCACAUCCUUCCUAUCCGCCGUCUUGGCGCUCGUCGCCGUCGCCUCGGCCGUGCCUCAGGUGGAGAUACGAGGACUUCGGACGCAGAAGCGCUACGCCUACGUCUGCAUCAGGAACAACUCGCCACAGCGUCUGAGGAACGUCACCCUCUUCCACAAGUACAGCGACGUCUACAAGCACAAGCAAGACUGGCCCAUCGCCGAGAAGAGAGGGUGCAGUUCGCCUCAGAUGAAGGUCGAGUACGACACCGGCUUGUUCACCCUCGGCCGCGACUGGUGGAUGCUCGCCUUCACCGCCGACGACUCUCGCACAAUCUACCUCACGACGCCGAAGAACGCACGCGGCCUAUUCGACUGGCUUGAUAGGAUCUUUCCCACCUUUGCCAUCAUCACGUCGGGCACCGUCGUCUCCCUCGCCACCAUGGCGCACCCGGUCCUUUCCUUCGUCUCGGGUUCCGCCACCUCCAUCGCCAUGAGGAUCAUUACCGACCAGAUAUUCAACGCCGAGACGACCGCCGGCUACAAGCAACACAUUCUCAGGGAGUCGGACGCCAUGAAGCUGAUGGAGAUUGUCAUCAAUGCCGAUUACACCGUCACCUUCAAGUCGAAGUCCGGCAUCUCUAGAACAAUCACCACCUCGGCACCCAGCGUUCCCGAUGAAGCGCCGCCGGAAAACUGA